AUUUAGUAACUGACGGGUUAAAAAAAAAUCCGCUGUUGAAUGUUCACGGGCACGCGGAGUAAAAGAAAUCGUAGGACGUUUUAUUCUUCGCUGUGACAGAGAUAAAAAAUAGUGUACACUGCGCAUUCUCACCCUCUCUAAAUACUGGAGAAAAGGUGAGCUGUAGAAAACAAGAGAAGACAAACGAACUGGUCUGUGUUUUCCGGUCUUGUAUCAGCGAUGGCGACCAGCGUGAAGAGGCCGUCCUUGCAGGGUCCUGUCCCGCCCCCCCGUAAGAAGACAAGUCCCAAGCCAGAGUUAACAGAGGAGCUGAAACUGGAGAUCAGGGAGGCCUUUGAGUUGUUUGACACCGAUGGCUCUGGACACAUCGACAUCAAGGAGCUCAAGGUAGCCAUGAGAGCUUUGGGCUUUGAGCCCAAAAAGGAAGAGAUCAAGAAGAUGAUCACUGAGGUGGAUAAGGAUGGCACAGGAAAGAUUUCUUUCGCUGACUUCCUCUCAGUGAUGACGCAGAAGAUGGCAGAAAAAGACUCCAAGGAAGAGAUUCUGAAGGCCUUUCGUCUGUUCGACGAUGAUGAGACGGGGAAGAUCUCCUUCAGAAAUCUAAAGAGAGUUGCCAAGGAGCUGGGAGAGAACCUGACUGAUGAGGAGCUGCAGGAGAUGAUUGAGGAGGCAGACAGAGAUGGAGAUGGGGAGGUCAACCAGCAGGAGUUCCUACGUAUCAUGAAGAAGACCAGUCUGUACUAAGGGAAGUGAUGGGGAGAGAGGGGGUGUUUGCAGAUUCACAUGACAAGCCAUUUAGAUAUCCCAGAUAGCCCCUCAGGGUGGUAGUUGGAAGGAAGAAACUAUUCUGUUUAAGAAUACUGGAGUGCAAUUCAUGCCAAACAAAUAUUUCAGUUUAUUCAGUCUGCUUUGUAUUCUUGUGACAUUACAGAUAUGGCAAGUCUUUCUUUUGGUGUGUGAUUUGUAUGUAGGUGUCUGGUAUGCUGCUUACUUUUUGCCAAAACACUAAUAAAGUCCAUGUCUAAAUCCUUCCUGAACACAGGAAUGACAUGUUCGGAUACGUGCUUUUCUACUCAUCUGUUACCUAGCUAUAUCUUCUCAGAACUUAGGUUAUUUAGUAAAAUAAUGUUUCUACUGCCUAGAAAGAAUAUUGUAUUAGCCUAUGCAACUGAGAUGUCCAGUGCCAUAUUAGAAACCCAGUAAACUGGAUCCUUAUCUAAAUUGAAGUAAUCUAGGCUCCUAUACAGCAUAUUCAAAAAGGCAGUAUGUCUGUACUCAUUGGAUUCCGGUGUGACUGGUGCAAAAUUCUGUAUUUUUCAGUAAUGCUUCCCCCAUGUCUAUGUGCCUGUGCUUCCUCGCCUGUGCUUCCUCUAGACAAUCAUUGGUUUCAGGGAGGCUAUUAAAGCUUUCUACACCCCAAGCCCCUUUCUGACCCCACCUUCCCAACCUCUAAAAUUCACAUUUACUCAACAAAUGUGAAUCUAAUCUUACAAAAAAAUCUUGUAUUUUUCGUAUGCCUAGUUGUUUCUUUUGUAUAUCCUGUUUUCUUCUUGUACUGAAUGUUUUAUACAUAUGGAUUGCAUGUGCAGAUAUCAUUGUAUAGUGUAUCAAUAUGCCAUUAAAUACCUUUAAGCAUUUUC